UAAUUAUAUAUUUAUUAAGUAUAUGGAAAUAGACCAGGCAAUCUUUGAAAACUUCGUUGCAAGCGGGGUUCUUGAUAAGAGACACGCUCAGAGUAUCCAGGAAGAACAGAAGAAGGUUAUGCUACGUAGAGAGGCUGCCACAGGCAUCGAGAAUGGCAUUAUCAUUGGGGGUUACUUCAGCCACAUUGCUAAGCUAAUGAUUGCGAAUAAGCAAGGUGUCUCUGGCGUCGACCUCGACGCGAUCAAAUCACUUAAGAAUUCGGUUACGCCAGCUGCAAAGCUGUACAACUGGGAUAUCCUAUUGAAAGAGAUUGAGAAAGCCAAUAUUCAAAUUGAUAAAGACACCAAAAGCCUAAUCUCAUCAGGAGAUGUGGAUAUGAUCAAGGAUUUAGUCAGCAGGCUCGUCGCCAUGGAAACAGAGAUCAGAAAAGAACUCAAAGCAAAAGAACCAACUAAAUAAGCUCGAAGAUAUCAAAGAAGGCAUUGACAUUCUGACCAUGAGUUCUUCCAAAGAGCCCACAGAUACAGACUCUUCUUUGGAACUUAUGCUCAAUAUAAUGUGCAAAUCGUUCAAAAUGAAGCCAAAGCAGGCAGCAGCCUUGCUAACUAAUUCGAACCAGUACUUGCUUCACUCAGUCGUGAAGGGGCUCAAAGGCAAUUACGAUCCAAUAGUGAAGUUCUACAGGAAUAUGGCCAAGUAUGUCCAUCAUUUGUGAAAUCUGCUAGAGCUUGAAGCAGAGAAAAACCAGAACAACCUCACCAUGAUCAUGGUGAUCAACGCACUGAAAACAGGGCUGUUCUCGUACAAUGACGAAGUCAUUCUGUGCACAUGCGAACUCCUCACUAAAAUUUCUGAGGUCAGCUUCGAUAUGAAAUUCUAUCCUGCAGUCUACCAAUGGUUUAUAACGACAACACAAGAAGGAGGUAUUUCAGCAUUGCUGUAUAUCCUAAAGAAGCAUGAGGACCUGAUAGGCCCAGUUGUGUUCACCAUGGUUUCAUUCGCCAAAGGGAACCUCUCGAACAUUUUGAAAGAGGUCAUCAAGCCCCUCUAUCCCUCUCCCAGAGAGUUCCUUGCAAUUAUCAAUAAUUUCACACAUGUCCUUGCCGAGAACGAAGAGACAAAAGCAGAAAUGCUCGAGACAGGACUCAUCGACUACUGGCUUGACGAAAAUAUUGCUUUGGCUGAUAAUGAAGCGAAAGCAUCACCAGAAGAGCGUACCACUUCAAUCGCCUUUGUGUGAGAUUUGUGGAUUCUGUUCCCCGAGAAGCUUCAGCAAAGAGAAGAUGUCCGAAGUCAGACCAUCAACGUCUUGAAAACACUGUCAACUGAUAAAUUCCGGCCUUUGAGAAUCUGCGCAAAUGCACAAAUGUUCAGGCUUCUUGAAGCGUUUAGUAAAGACCGAAACCCAAUUGCUCCAACAAUUUUUAAGAAUUUGGCUUACUCUCUCAUUGAGAAUCAUGAAGACCCAACGACAAAAGAAUUCAUGAUGAAGAACUUGGCCCAAGUCAUCGAAGACAUCCCAGCCAUUCCAGUCGUGUUCAUUGCAGACCCGUUAAUUAAGCUUCUCCAGGAGGAUGAAACAGCUGCGUACACGACGCUCUAGACUUCGAUUUCUUCUGAGCAUUGGCGAAGCAUCCCAAGUUGCAUCCGAGGAAUGCCUUGCCGAUGAUCGAUUUCUUGGCUAAAAUUUACUUGAACGACCUGUCUUACGCAACCUGCAGUAGUGUUGCAUUCAUGGCCAUUGCAUCAAGGUUUCACGAAGAACACAACAUCAAAGAGUUCAUCAUCAAGUAUCUUACUGUUUCGAUUACAAAACUGCUGACUGUUGAGAAGGCAGCAGAAGACCAGACCAGCGAAGGCAAAAAGAAGAAGCUCCAAGAGCUCUCGUUAAGAGGCAAGAAUGCUAAACAGAGAGAACGGCAGAAAAAGAAGGAGGAAGAAGAGGACCUUGAAAGAGGACUCAGGAAGUCUUUCAUCAUUGAACUGGCAAGGAAGAUACAAAAUCUUAGAAACGAAGACAUCAACGAGCAUUUGAAAGGUCUGUGUCUCACCACCAACAGAAGAAACAAAGACCUCUUCAAGCGACUCAACAUCGGAAUCCUGGUCUUGCUCAAGUUCUGGGGUGACCCCAAGUCUCUGUCAAUGAGAUAUAUUCAAGAAGAAGAAGACAAAGAAAGAAAAAUCAAAGAAGAAGAAGAACGCAAAAUCCGCGAACAGAAAGAAGCCGAACGAAAAAGAAAAGAAGAAGAAGCCCUCGCUCUUGCUGAGAUCAACUCAGAGUUCAGAGAAACUGGCACUGGAAAGAAGCUAAGGAGAGGCGGCAAGAGCACAUCUGCUUUGGUUCCUUACUCAAAGACGCCUAAGAAUAACAUUGCUAGAAAAGCAAUGCUCGAGCUCGACAGAAUCAAGAUGAGCAUCAAAGAAAGAGAAGAACUCAGACUCAACGAGCAGAAGCAAGCUCACCUUAAAAUCGAAAGGCAGAAAAGAGCUCUCAAGAAGAAGCUUGACAAGAGGAAGAUUGAGCAUGGAGUCGCACCAAGAAAUAGCAAAAGCGCGAAGAUGAACAUUGUAUUUGACGAAGGUGAAGUAGAGUACAAUAAAGUAUUUGACUCGAACACUGGACUCCCACCAAUCGAGCUGAUCGACUUGGAAGAUGAAGAAGAUCGAGACAUCGAAGCGAUCAAAAUAUUCAUGAAGAAAUAUUCUAAACUGUGGAGAUUCAUGUUCAAGAAAUAUGCCAACUUGGGCUUCUCAGUCAAGCAGGUCAGGAACUUCGACAUGUACCAUGAUAAGUGAGAGACCAUCAAUCUGCCAGAGUUGACGAUGUUCUUGAAAGACCAUGGGUUCAAGCAGACUCAUCUGACCAGAGAGGAACUUGCAGCUCUCAUUAGGCUCGUCAAUUUAAAGAAAAUCAAGAAGUUCGAUCUGUCAGCACUCGAUUACAAUGGAUUCUUGGAAUUCCUGAUUCAGGCUUCUCACUUUAUCUACAGCCGGAAACCUUUCUUCAUGGACAAUCUGCCCCUUAUCGAGAAAAUUAAUGCAUUCUUUAAACAAAUGGAAAGUGAAACAAAGAAGCGGAAAGAGUCUGUGGUCCUGUUUGAAGACCCAGAUGCGACUGUCAUGGCAGAUCCUGAGUUACUGAAAGCUCUAAAUAAAAAGCUCAGAGAGAACCCUGAGUACCCAAUUCCAGAAGGAUUCAAGAAAGUCAAAGAAAAAGUAAUCACUCAUAACUACGAAGUGCCUAAGUUUGUCGAUCUUAAAGAGUCGCAGGCUAUGGCGCUAGAAAUUCUUGACGAGUUGAUUCUUGGAAAAUUCAACUUCCACAUUUUAGAACCCAUUGUCAAAACAGAGGUUGUUACAAAGAUAAAACCGAUUAUCCGGAAAGAGUUUACUGACAAGAAGCGGGCUGUUCCAAGAUACCUUGACAGUCUCGAAGGAAGAGUCAAGCCGAAGGCGCUCACAGACAAGAUCGGAGUGAACCCCGUCAACAAGACAAAGUAUUACACUGAAAGGAAAUUCAACCUGACCGAGAACAUGCGACUAGAGAUUGUCAACCAGCCCAUGGUCAAGAGAGCCCAUAUGCAAGAAUGAGCAGAAGUUCUCUGAGAAAUUCUUGAUGCUGCUGAGAAAGGUCUCAAAGCUCUGCCUCCAAGAAACAAAUACGGAAAAGGUGGACUCAAAAACAAGGGAAUCUUGAUGAGAGAACACCUUGCCCACCAAGAAGCCUUGCUUGAAGAAAAGCGACACAAAACUGUCAAGAAGAUCAACAAAAAGUGGAAGGAUGAACUCACCAAGAGAGACGAAGAGCGCAAGCAGCUUCUCGAAGAGACCAGAGCUGACCGGAAAGCAGAGCGCAAGCUUGAGUGGGAAAACAGGAAAAAGCGUUACGCUGACCUUGUCAAACGCAAUCAAGAUAGAGUCCAAGAGAAACAGAAGCAGCUUGAGGAGCUUGCAGCUGAGCAGAAAUAACUAUGAAAAAGAACAACGAGAUAAAAACAAAGGCAAAAGACAGAAAUGGAAAGAAGAGCAUGAAGAGUUCCUUGAAAAAGAAAAGGAGAAACUCCAGAAAGAAAUGCAAGCAUUAGUUGGCGAAAGAAAUGAGCUUAGCAAAGCCAAACAAGAGUUUGCACAGAAAGAGAAAGAUGUGUUGAACAACGUUAAAAACAAAGUCAUGAAGUACUUUGAGAAGAACAAAGACAAACUCAAAUUUGACAAGAAAGAGAAGGAAGAUGUGGGCAAGUUUGCCAAAAAGAAAGCUGUUAAAGAAGUACUUGACAGAUACGAUGUUCCUUUAAGGUACUUCUUCGACUUCUACUCCAAGUCAGAGCACCAUCAGAUCGCGUUUGACCUCGACAAGAACAUGGAGACCAUGAAUUACAAAGAGUUCAUUAGAUUUGGGUACCAGUCCAACAUUGUCCCUGCAUUGUUGCCAGUUGAAGAAAUGACUCAUACAUUCAGACUGCUUGUGAGGGAAAGACAAGACUCGGUUGGCAGUAAGAUAUCAGUCCUCGACUACGACUUCUUUGUGAAAGCACUCAUCAGAAUUGCAGCUCUUUCACAAGACUACCUUGGAGGUCAGAAAGGAAAAAGACUUGAGAAGCGAAUGGAAGAAAUUGAGAAGGAGAAAACUAAAACUCGAAAACUAAAGAAGUCUCUUGCCAAGAAAUUCCAAAAGAAAAGCUACCAGACUGACAAUGAGAGUGACCACAGCUUAGCUAGAGGGGGUGACGCCAGUGGAAAUGAGACUGAGAGAACCGAUAGAACUGCAAAGAGCAAGCUGGAGCUCACACAGAGGGGAGCCAAAAAGCCACGCAAGAAAGUCAUUUACAGAGGACUCAAAGACACCACUCUCAAAAACACUUCUGUGCUCAAAGACGUAGUGAGCGAAGCUGAUAUCUUGAAGAGGAAGUCCAAGAAUGUGAACGCUCUGAUCCAAGAAGGCACAAAGGGACAGGUUUAUGAGCACUUGAAGCAUGUCAAAGUUGAAGACAAGAGAAUCACUCGCAGAGUUGAUGUUGGACUAAUCACCGAAAAGACAAUUGAAGCAUUGCUAAAUUACCUGCAGCUGCUUCCUGAAGACAACAAGUACACUCUUGACAGAAAGCUCAACAAAGUAGUUCGUUACAAUGCUGGAGUUAAGCCGAAUAGAGUUGUCAAAAGAAACGUCCCGUCAAAAGCAGAAAUUGUGGAUAGAGAUUCAUCUUCAGGAGAAGAAGUUGACGGUAAAAGUGACAAGUCUCCUGAAACUGCAAGGUCAAAGACAGAAAAAACAGAAAAGACCGAAAAGUCUGAAGCAGAUGAUAGUGAUGGGGAGACCACAAAGAAAUAAUCCUCAUAUCAGAUCAAUGAGAACAUAAAUUAAAAUGAUCAUUAAAUUAGUUUCUU